GCAGCAGCAGCUGGAGGCAACAAUGUCUGGGAUUGCCGCGAAACUAGCAAAAGACAGAGACGCCGCCAGGGGCUUGGGCUCCAAUGCAAAGGCCGUGAAGUACUUAAACCAGGACUUCCAGGCGCUGAGGGACGAGUGUCUUCAGGCAGGGAAGCUCUUCCAAGACCCCUCCUUCCCCGCGGCUGCAUCGUCUCUAGGCUACAAUGAACUCGGACCAAAGUCGUACAAAACUCAUGGCAUCGUCUGGAAAAGGCCGACGGAGCUGUGUUCUAAUCCUCAAUUUAUCAUUGGAGGGGCUACCCGGACUGAUAUCUGCCAGGGAGCUUUAGGAGACUGCUGGCUGCUGGCAGCUAUUGCAUCUCUGACUUUGAAUGAAGAGAUUUUGGCUAGAGUCGUGCCCAGUGAUCAAAGCUUCCAGGACAGAUAUGCAGGAAUCUUCCACUUCCAGUUCUGGCAGUAUGGAGAGUGGGUGGAUGUUGUUGUUGAUGACAGGUUGCCCACCAAAGAUGAACAACUCCUCUUUGUACACUCAGCAGAAGGGAGUGAGUUCUGGAGUGCUCUACUCGAGAAGGCUUAUGCUAAGGCGAAUGGAUCAUAUGAGGCUCUGUCUGGGGGAAGCACAACAGAGGGUUUUGAGGAUUUCACUGGUGGUAUUGCAGAGUGGUAUGAGCUGCAAAAAGCACCACCAAACCUGUUCAAAAUCAUCCAGAAGGCUCUUCAGAAAGGUUCCCUCCUUGGAUGCUCAAUUGAUAUCACAAGUGCUGCUGAGACUGAGGCUGUCACAUCACAGAAGCUGGUCAAAGGGCAUGCAUAUUCUGUAACGGGUGCAGAAGAGGUGAAUUUUCGAGGCAGCAUGCAGAAAUUGAUCAGAAUCCGAAAUCCCUGGGGGGAAGUAGAAUGGACUGGAAAAUGGAAUGAUAAUUGCCCAAGCUGGAAUAGUGUUGAUCCUGUUGUGAGAGAGAGACUAACCAAGAGACAUGAAGAUGGAGAAUUCUGGAUGUCAUUCAGUGAUUUCCUCAGGCAUUACUCCCGCCUUGAGAUCUGCAAUUUGACUCCAGACACACUGACCAGUGAGAAAUACAAGAAAUGGAGCCUGAAUGUUAUGGAUGGGAACUGGCGAAGAGGGUCCACUGCAGGAGGCUGCAGAAAUUACCCUGAUACAUUUUGGAUGAAUCCACAGUAUUUGAUUAAACUUGAGGAAGAAGAUGAAGAUCCUGAUGAUCCUGAGAAAGGCUGCACCUUCCUAGUGGGCCUGAUUCAGAAACACCGCCGAAAACAAAGGAAGAUGGGGGAGGAUAUGCAUACCAUUGGCUUUGCCAUCUAUGAGGUACCACAGAAGUUUUCUGGCCAAACUAAUGUUCACCUGAACAAAAGCUACUUUCUAACAAACCGUGCAAAAGAGCGGUCAAAUACUUUCAUCAAUCUUCGAGAGGUGUUAAACCGAUUCAAGCUUCCAGCAGGAGAAUAUAUUAUUGUACCAUCCACUUUUGAACCCAACAAGAAUGGAGAUUUCUGCCUCAGAGUGUUUUCUGAGAAGAAUGCAGAAUCACAAGUUGUUGAUGAUGAAAUUGAAGCCAAUAUUGAAGAGAAAGAAGUCAUCGAAGAUGAAAUUGAACCAAGUUUUAAGAAACUGUUUGGACAGUUAGCUGGAGAGGAUGGUGAGAUCUCGGCCUUUGAACUAUGUAAUAUCCUGAGAAAAAUUAUGGCAAAACGCCAAGAUAUUAAAUCAGAUGGCUUCAGCACUGAAACAUGUAAAAUCAUGGUUGAUCUGCUAGAUACUGAUGGGAGUGGUAAACUGGGACUGAAGGAAUUCCAUGUACUUUGGACAAAGAUUCAGCAAUACCAGAAAAUUUACCGGGAAAUAGAUGUAGAUCGUUCUGGAACCAUGAACUCCUAUGAGAUGCGGAGAGCCUUAGAGCAAGCAGGGUUCAAACUGGAUUGCCAGCUGCACCAAGUCAUUGUGGCCCGUUUUGCUGAUGAACAGCUCAUCAUUGAUUUUGACAACUUUGUUAGGUGUCUGAUCCGACUGGAAACUUUAUUCAAGAUAUUUAAGAAAUUGGAUACUGAGAAAACUGGAACCAUACAGAUGAACCUUGUCACUUGGGUGUGUUUUACUAUAAUAUGAAGAAGCAACAGAUCUUAGCUGAAGGCAUCUCACAGGAAUAUGGUUUAACGUUGAUACAGAAUAUGCAAAAAAAAGCUAUUAUAUUUCCAUACACUGACAUGCCUUAUAUUUAUGAAUGAAGCUGCUGAAGAGAAAGAAAAAUGCAAGAUAAAUGCAAAAUUAAUUUUACCUUGGAAAUUUCAGCACAUAAACUUUGUUAUUCUGUUUUAUUUGCUUAUGCUGCUCUAAAUCUUCCACAAUAAAUGUAUUUUAAAAUAAAAAAGUUCAAUGCCUUUAAGUUCUCGAUGAAGUGCCACCUUUGUGAAAUCAAAGCGCAACUUAUUCUAAUUGCUAAUUCUCAAACUCUAGCAAGUAGCAUCUGAAAACUCAUCAACACUGUGCAAUAAAGUACAUUACAUGUAUUUAAUUUACAACCCAUAUUUUUCAGAGCCAUUUGCUACAGUAAAACCACUCUUUGUACCAAUAUUUAGAGAAUUUAAUUGCUGUUGUCACUCAAACACAGAACUGUUUCACAUAUCCAAGUUCCACCAUCCUUUGGUUUUUCUAUUCUAGUAAUGUUCUAACUGUUGCUAAUGCAAUAAAUCCUUUGGGAUUAG